AUGGCGACUGCAAGAGUAGAAACCAUAUCAAACAGCAAUAACAAGUCAAUCCCUAAAGAAUAUAUUCGCCCACAUGGAGAAUUAGCAGGCAUCGGAAAUAUAUUCGAAGAAGAGAACAAAAAUGACGGGCCUCGAGUUCCAAUAAUUGAUCUAAAAGAAAUCGAUUCCGAAGAUAUAGAAAUAAAACAGAAAUGCAGGGACAAGCUUGUAGAAGCAGCGAAAGAGUGGGGAGUUAUGCACUUAAUUAACCAUGGAAUUUCUGUUGAACUUAUGGGUCGGGUCAAGAAAGCUGGAGAGGGUUUUUUUAGUCUUCCUGUUGAGGAAAAAGAGAGAUAUAGUAAUGAUCAGAAUUCAGGAAAGAUUCAGGGUUAUGGAAGUAAGCUUGCUAAUAGUGCUAGUGGACAGCUUGAGUGGGAGGAUUAUUUUUUUCAUCUUGUUUAUCCUGAGGACAAACGGGACUUGUCUAUUUGGCCUAACACUCCGACAGAUUACAUAGAGGUGACAAGUGAGUAUGCAAGGAAACUAAGAGCACUAGCAACAAAAAUCAUGUCUAUAUUGUCACUUGGAUUAGGACUCGAAGAACAAAGACUCGAAAAAGAGGUCGACGAGCUACAACUACAAAUGAAAAUCAACUACUACCCAAAAUGCCCUCAGCCAGAACUUGCACUCGGAGUCGAAGCUCAUACUGAUAUAAGUGCACUCACUUUCAUCCUCCAUAACAUGGUUCCUGGUCUGCAACUUUUUUAUCAAAGCAAAUGGGUUACAGCAAAAUGCAUUCAAAACUCCAUCAUCAUGCACAUUGGAGAUACAAUAGAGAUCUUAAGUAAUGGAAAGUAUAAAAGUAUUCUUCAUAGAGGGCUUGUUAAUAAGGAGAAGGUCAGGAUUUCUUGGGCAGUUUUUUGUGAGCCGCCAAAGGAGAAAAUCAUCCUUAAGCCAUUGCUGGAUGUUGUGACUGAGAAAGAACCAGCGAUGUUCCCUCCUCGCACUUUUGCUCAACAUAUUGAGCAUAAACUUUUCAAGACGAUCCAAGAGACCGUCCCUAACACUGAACAUAAGCCUUGACCUUAAACUUGUAUUAUGGCGGGUUAACUGUUUCACUGAACAAUAUACAGUCAUUCUGACUCCUAUGGAUGAGUAUUGGUGGUCAAUUACUAUGUCUGAAUUCAGAAAUUAAUUCAAUGUAUA